ACACUGGUUCGAGGAGUUCGGAGGCCUUGCGAUCCUGUUCGGUGCAAAGAGGAGGAGGAGGCGCAGUAGCGUUAGCCACAAAUCUGAUCACAAAGAAGGCACUCAACUUUUGACGAACCAAACAACCAAACAACCAACCAACGAACGCCGCAAUGAUGAUGACAUGCCCUGACAACAGCAAGGCCAACAACGACUGGUCGCCCAGAGCCCCCAGCCGUCAGCCUGAACUCAGGCCAAUGGCCUGCACAAAUAUCGCAAACCGAAGCAACGAAGAAGAAUGGAACGUUCGCCGCCACAAUUCUGCCAACAGCCUUCGCCAAUUGGCCAUGGCGUGCACACCUAAACGGCGCUCAGACCCGAAAAGACGUCAAUCUCGACGCAGAAACCAAGACAGAAGCCCCUCGGAAAAUAGUGCCUUUCUCAGGCGACAGUAUCGAUCCACCAACGACAUGAAGACUACAGUUGUAAGGACACCAACUUCGUCCACCGAUUCUAUGGAAAGAAAGGUCAUUCGAAGUACAAACUCUAGCUAUUCCUUGUCGAGGCGCAUCGCGAGACAGAGACAAGAGCGUCGUUCGGGUGACGGCGUCCAGGAAUCUCAUCUCAACUACUCUUGGUCCAAGCAAAGUGUUCAGACCCGAGGUAGCACCUCCCGCAUUCCGGGUGCGAUUCAAAUUUUGAAGGACACCAAAGUCUCGGUCUCGUGCACAGAGAAGGUGUUUGGUUCACCUGUUUUCGACGCAGCCGAAACAAGCGACGAUGAUAGUUCUGUGGCAAGCAGCUCCUCCACUUUGGCAUCGGAGGACGACUUUGACAUCCCUCAAAUGCUCGCUUCUCCCCAAGCAUUGAGAUGGCAGGAGGCUGAUGGAACUAUCAACAACUCCGUAGAGGUGCUUCUUCAGAAGAACUUGGACGAGGCGUUGGCUGCCAUGACUGCCGUAGCGCCAAAGCCGACAUCUUACGUGGCCCCCAAGGGCCGCCGCAGACGUCAGGUUCCCAAGAACCCUAGAAGCUUUGGCAUGGACUCUGAUGAGUCCAAGCAGCGUUUGGAUGACUCUAGGUGUACUGCACGCACCAGGACAAGUACAACAUCUGCAUCGGAAUGCAGUGCUAUUCAAGUUUCCCUGGUGCAGCCACCAAAGCCAUGGAUCUGCCUAUGUGGCGAAGAGAACGACCCGGACUUCCGGUUUUGCGGUAUGUGUGCUCACCCUGAGAGGUGGACCUGUUCCAACCCCACAUGCCAGUUUCAUCGAAACAAAUGCAGACAGCUUCACUGCGGAGGGUGCGGAGCCCGAAGAGUUGUCGCCCCAAAGCCAAUGUACAGCAAGGUUGCAUGAGCGAGCAGCAAGUCAUGCAUGUCAUCGUAUAUUUAGACUAUGCCUUCCACCAGCUUUUAAAAACCUAAUAGACAUGUUAUGUUAUAUGC